AAAAUGGCUCUGUCCGCUGUCCAGAAGGUGGUUCUGUUCUCCUGCCUGGUCCUGUGCGUGUCCCUGCUGCUGCCCAGAGCCUACAUAGCCAGGGGGAAGCCGGCAGCCCAGGAGGGAAAUACUGGGCUCUUCCAGUCUUCCGGGCACCACCCGAAACCCACAGACGGCCGGCCCGGCGGCGCCCACUUCCCCAGAUCCCAUAUGGCGGAAGCCAUGUCGAAGGCGAAGGGGGGCACGGGCGGCGGAGGAGGAGGGGGCACCAGACCCAGCCUUGUGGGGCAGAUUAUACCAAUCUAUGGAUUCGGGAUUCUUCUCUAUAUCCUUUAUAUCUUAUUUAAGCUUUCAUCCAAAGGGAAAAGCACCAAACAGGAACCCACUACACAGCCUGUUGCCAACGGAAACCUGAAGAGGAAAAUCACUGACUAUGAACUGAGCCAACUGCAAGAUAAACUAAAAGAAACUGAAGAAGCAAUGGAAAAGAUUAUCUCCCGCUUGGGGCCCAACAGUGAAAGGACUGACAAUGUGAGCUCCGAUGAGGAAACAGAUCUGCUCCAGCGCCUAAAGGAGAUCACCAGGGUGAUGAAGGAGGGUAAAAUCUUGGAUGGAAUUUCUCCUGAAAAAGAAGCAGAAGAAGCUCCAUACAUGGAAGACUGGAACGGUUACCCAGAAGAGACCUAUCCGGUUUAUGACCCUUCGGACUGCAAACGAACCCAACAAACGAUCCUCGUUGACUGCUCCGCGUUGAACCGACCAUCGGCCGAACAGGUUGCAGAGCAGAUGGGCUUUGAUGAGGAGGAUGAUCAGGAGAAUGGUUCUGGGAAUUUGGCCAAGGAACCUGACUAUAAGGACAGUGUGGGGGGUGACCAACAAGCCCAAGGGACCAUCUCAGCCCAAGGCAAAGUUGUUGGAACCGGGGAGGACAUUGAAGAAGAUGAAGAUGAGGACGAGGAUCCAGAAGUCAUAGCUGAAAACGCUGGGUUCAUAUCAGACAGCUGCAACGAAGAAGAGGAUCCCAAGGAAUCUUUUAUGGACUUAGGAAAUGAAAAGGGACCAUUGGGGGCCACGCUGGGGUCCAAUCGAGAUGAAACUGGUACUUUACGGAAAAGGAACACAAAGGGCAUUGAGUACUGAUUGCUACAUGGUUCCUUCAUGGGAAAAGGUCCGAGAUGCCCAGGUUGGUGAUACUUUGAGAACAUCUACCCUCAGCCUGACUGCGGUGGUCCAACUGCCCAUGUUCUUGGCUCUUACGAAGCAUGCCCCUCCCACUCUGAAGAUGUGGGAGGGAAAUAACGAUUCAAUGACAGGACCCACGGCUAUGGGAAUGGGCCAAGCUCUGCGCCAUCUUGGAGAAGGCAACCCCAACCUGUGGAUUGGUCAAGGAAUGGUAUGGAUGAACUGGGGAAGGGGCACCACGUCACUAUUCAUAUUUAAUUGGAUGUAUAUAAUAUUAUCAGGGUCGAUAAUGGGAACAAUUGUUACUCGGGGGACACUGGCACCCAACUAGUAAAGUAGUAACUAUUCCUUGUC